CGCUGCGGCGGCGGCGGCGGCGGCGGCGGCUGCCGGGGCUGUCGCGGGCUAGGGCGGUUGGGCUGGCGGCUGAGGUUGGUGGCCAUGGAGUGGGGUUACGAGACGGCUGCUGUGAGGAGGCACCGCGUCGGAGGGGAGCGUCGGGAGGGACCCGAGGACGCGCCGCCGCCGGAGAGGGAGGCCCCGGAGCAGGAGCCCCUGGCGGAUGCGUGCGGCGGCAGAGGCGGCGGCGCGAGGACGCGGAAGAGGAGCCCGGGGGGUAGCGGCGGCGCGAGCCGGGGCGCGGGGACUGGGCUGUCUGAGGCGCGCGCCGCGCUGGGGCUCGCGCUCUACCUGCUCGCGCUGCGGACUCUUGUGCAGCUGUCGCUGCAGCAGCUCGUGCUGCGCAAGGCCACUGGCCACCGCGGGGAGUUCGACGCGCACCAAGCCAGGGAUUAUCUUGAACACAUAACAUCUAUUGGUCCCAGGACUACAGGAAGUCCAGAAAAUGAAAUUCUGACAGUGCACUACCUUUUGGAACAGAUUAAACUGAUUGAAGUGCAAAGCAACAGCCUUCACAAGAUUUCAGUAGAUGUACAACGGCCUGUAGGUUCUUUUAGCAUUGACUUUUUGGGAGGUUUUACCAGCUACUAUGACAACAUCACCAAUGUUGUGGUAAAGCUGGAACCCAGGGAUGGAGCCCAGCAUGCUAUCCUGGCUAACUGUCAUUUUGACUCAGUGGCAAACUCACCAGGUGCCAGUGAUGAUGCAGUUAGCUGUUCAGUGAUGCUGGAAGUCCUUCGCGUCUUGUCAACAUCUUCAGAAGCCCUACAUCAUGGCAUCGUGUUUCUCUUUAAUGGUGCUGAGGAAAAUGUCUUGCAAGCCAGUCAUGGUUUCAUUACUCAGCACCCCUGGGCCAGCUUGAUUCGUGCAUUUAUUAACUUGGAGGCAGCGGGUGUAGGAGGGAAAGAACUUGUAUUCCAAACAGGUCCUGAAAAUCCUUGGUUGGUUCAAGCUUAUGUUUCAGCAGCUAAACACCCUUUUGCUUCUGUGGUGGCUCAGGAGGUUUUUCAGAGUGGAAUCAUUCCUUCAGAUACUGACUUCCGUAUCUAUAGGGAUUUUGGGAACAUUCCAGGAAUAGACUUAGCUUUUAUUGAGAAUGGAUACAUUUAUCACACCAAGUAUGACACAGCGGACAGAAUUCUAACAGAUUCCAUUCAGAGAGCAGGUGAUAACAUAUUAGCAGUUCUUAAAUAUCUAGCUACAUCUGAUAUACUGGGUUCUUCUUCUAAGUAUCAGCAUGGCAACAUGGUCUUCUUUGACGUGCUUGGCUUGUUUGUCAUUGCCUACCCCUCUCGUAUUGGCUCAAUAAUAAACUACAUGGUGGUAAUGGCUGUUGUUUUGUACCUGGGCAAAAAAUUGUUGCAGUCCAAACAUAAGACUGAUAACUACACGAAGGACUUCUUGUGUGGACUUGGCAUCACUCUGAUUAGCUGGUUCACCAGCCUCGUUACCGUUCUCAUUAUAGCCGUGUUCAUCUCUCUUAUUGGACAGUCUCUCUCAUGGUAUAACCACUUUUAUGUCUCCGUUUGUCUGUAUGGAAGUGCAGCUGUAGCCAAAAUAAUAUUUAUACAUACCCUUGCAAAAAGAUUUUAUUACAUGAAUGCCAGUGACCAGUAUCUGGGAGAAGUAUUUUUUGACAUCUCGCUAUUUGUCCAUUGUGGUUUUCUUGUAACUCUCACUUAUCAAGGACUUUGCUCAGCAUUUAUUAGUGCUGUCUGGGUAGCAUUUCCAUUGCUCACAAAGCUUUGCGUGCACAAGGACUUUACGCUGCAUGGUGCCCAAGGAAAAUUUAUUGCCUUUUACCUUUUGGGGAUGUUUAUUCCUUAUCUUUAUGCAUUGUACCUCAUCUGGGCUGUGUUUGAGAUGUUUACCCCUAUCCUCGGGAGAAGUGGUUCAGAAAUCCCACCUGAUGUUGUGCUGGCAUCCAUUCUGGCUGGUUGUACGAUGAUUCUCUCUUCCUAUUUUAUUAACUUCAUCUACCUUGCCAAAAGCACAAAGAAAACCAUGCUAACUUUAACUUUGAUGUGUACAAUUACAUUCCUCCUUGUUUGCAGUGGAACUUUUUUCCCAUAUAGCUCCAAUCCUGCUAAUCCAAAGCCAAAGAGAGUGUUUCUUCAGCAUAUGACUAGAACAUUUCAUGACGUGGAAGGAAACGUAGUUAAACAGGACUCUGGAAUAUGGAUCAAUGCGUUUGAUUAUACAGGAAUGUCUCACAUAACACCUCACAUUCCUGAGAUCAAUGACAGCAUCCGAGCUCACUGUGAGGAGAAUGCACCCCUUUGUGGUUUCCCUUGGUAUCUUCCAGUGCACUUUCUGAUCAGGAAAAACUGGUAUCUUCCUGCCCCAGAAGUUUCUCCAAGAAAUCCUGCUCAUUUCAGACUUAUAUCCAAAGAACAGACACCUUGGGAUUCUACAAAGUUGACCUUUGAAGCAACAGGACCAAGCCAUAUGUCAUUCUAUGUUCGAGCCCACAAAGGGUCAACACUUUCUCAGUGGUCUCUUGGCAAUGGCACUCCAGUCACAAGUAAAGGAGGGGACUACUUUGUAUUUUACUCCCAUGGACUCCAGGCCUCUGCAUGGCAGUUCUGGAUAGAAGUACAGGUCUCAGAAGAACAUCCUGAAGGAAUGGUCACUGUGGCCAUUGCUGCGCACUAUCUCUCUGGGGACGACAAGAGAUCCUCCCAGCUGGAUGCUCUGAAGGAGAAGUUCCCAGAUUGGACAUUUCCCUCUGCUUGGGUGUGCACCUACAAUCUCUUUGUGUUUUAAUCUCGUGGAUGAGCUCUAAGUACAUACCCAUUGGAUCCUCCAUGUGACACAGUUUCUCCUUACGUUACGUGGAUGUUUGUAAUGUAAGUCCAUGAAUUUUAAUGAGCAUA